AUGCGACCGAUAGCGACCAUAUCCUCAGGACGUCUAAUAUCCAAGCUGCAAGAAGGGGCGCCCCUGGCUGUCGUCGACGUGCGAGACGACGACCGUGCUGGCGGGCACAUCAAGGGCUCGAUUCAUGUCCCUUCGCAUGACUUUCGACGCAGGCUUCCGAGCUUACUCAUAGAGUUGCAGUCGAAUGAGGCCGUUGUCUUUCAUUGUAUGAUGAGCCAGAGACGAGGACCGUCUUGCGCAUCGGCGUUUGCAAAGUCUUUGGACGAUGCUGCUGAGCGGCACGCUAUCGGUACAAUCCCCGACGUUCUGCUUUUAGAGGGCGGUUUCAUGGCCUUCGCGAGACACUAUUCGGAAGAGACAAAGACGUUGUACGAACACUUUCAACGUAGUGAGUACGGAGUUUGA